AUGGAUGCAUCGGGCGCGGAGGGUGUCGAUGAAGAUGCCGUUCCGCCAGUCCACGAAACGCUUCAGAAGACGAAACCUAUCGCAACAGAUGCACGCUCCCGAAAGGAGAGGUUUGUGCCACCGGGGGAGACGGCCGAACAACGGAGCUCGCGUACGAUUUUCGUAGGGAACCUACCCAAGGACGUGGCCCAAAAACGACCUUUACAGAAACAGCUACACAAACACAUCCUCUCGCUCGUGCCUACCGCUAAGAUCGAGUCGUCGCGGUUCCGGUCCGUUGCUUUUCAGGUCCCGACUAGCAAAUUACCCGAUGAUUCCGCGAAGCCGACACCUACCAAGGCCCGGCAGCACGACAAGGACCGUGCAGCAUCAUGGCGAACGUCUUCGGGGAAAGACGACGAGAAAGCAGAUGAGAAAAAAUUCCUGACCCCCGCUCAAAAGAAGAAGAUUGCGUUCAUCAACCAGCAAUUCCAUCCCAUCGCGGACUCGGUCAACGCCUACAUCGUGUUCGCGCAUCCUAUCCCUGCUUCUUCGCGACCCUCGAACCUCCCACCGUUGCCCCCUGUUCUCGAACCUUACAAGGCUGCGCGCGUCGCAGUAGAAAAGUGCAAUGGAACCAUCUUCAUGGAACGCAUGAUUCGCGUGGACGCUGCUGCUCCGCUCUCAUCGGAUGCGUCUUUAGAUAAAUCCCACGCAACAGGGGCUGGUGAUCCGAGGCUUACCAUCUUCGUCGGGAACCUUGAUUUCGAGAGCAAGGAGGAUGACCUUCGCGUCUUCUUUGAAGGUCUGGUGAGCUCUGAAAGGGGACCGCCUCCAUCCGAGACGGCUGCUGACAGCAAUGCGGGGCAAUGGGUUAACCGAGUGCGCAUUGUUCGCGACGGCCAAACCCAACUUGGCAAAGGCUUCGCGUAUGUUCAGUUCGCGGAUCGCGUUUGCGUGGAUGAGAUCCUUGCGAUGGACGUAUCACGACUCAAGUUCGCAAAACGCAAGUUGAGAGUACAACGAUGCAAGACCGCCCCCGCGGCCUCACCCCGCGAUGCACCUGCAGGGAAGAUGUCGAUCGGGGAUGACAAGUUGUCGAAGCCCACGAGACCAUCAAAGGCUGAUUCGAUGCCGAAAGGCGAUCCUAAUCUCGGUUCUAAGCUCGCACACUUGAGCAAGGAGGAGCGCAAGAAAGUCAAAGCCACUGACUCCGAUCGACGCGCACGCAGGCUGGCGAAGAAGAAGGCCGGGAAUGCCCUCUCAGCGAAGGACGCAAGCCACGCGAAGGACCGUGAACGUGCGCGAAAACAGUCGACGAUGAAGAAGUCCGCACCUGCUCAUUUUCAAAAGAAGGGACGGGUCCGGAGCGAGAAGAGCGUAGCGAAAAGAAACGUGAAGAAAUGA